AUGGCGCUGCCUCCUUUGCCGGACGACUUCAUCCUAAAGCGGUCAACCGUCGACUCGGUCAAACCGAUCGUUCAGCGGCUCGUCGAAACGGACGACCUUCAGACAUAUCUAAGCCGUCGCCCUCUGCAGCGCAACCCAUCCCCCACGCACGACGCAGCGGGGGCUUCGCCUCCUCCCCUUUCCCCUGUCCAUCUUUCCCCUCCGCCCGCUAUCGAAUCUCCUCUCCUCGCCGGCCUCUCUUCCGCGUCCAAGACCAGCGAGAACGAAAUCCGCUUCCCACGCCAUUCGGACAUCAAGUACAGCGGCGCCAUCACAGAACUCGACAGCGGCGACUCCCUCUUUCGCGACUUGACCAGUGCGCUGUGGGAGGAGCUGGACAAGCUUAAAGUCUGGCACGGUGAUAUCGACUUACCGCCAUGCGAACCGUAUUUCCUUGGCCGGACCGAACACGACGUCGAGCGCUUCGUGGCGAGUGCGCAGAUCUCGCGUGCGGUACAGGUUCUGAGGGGUAUCCUCGGAGUGCCGGUGUACGUUGCGGGUCCCUUUCCCUCGAGCGUGACGGGAUCAGUUAAUCUCGUCAUACUCAUCGACGGCUAUAUCGGGGGACGCGUUGUGCAAGUACGAUUGGAGGUCAAGCGGCCCGAGAUGGGGCCUCCGGCCGUCUUCGAAGCCCUGCUCGCAUACGGCGAGAGACGCGCCGUAGUGCAAAUGGCUGCGGAGUUGAGGCCGGACUGGGGCACCACGGACGUUGCGGACGAGAAGGUCGACCUCGCCAUCUCCGACCCUCCUCCCUCUCUCUCCGACCCUCCUCCCUCUCCCGCCUCGCCCACCUCUUCCCCCUCAGUGCAAACCCCUUCUAGUCCUUCGUCUCCUCCGCUACUGUCGCCGGCGACGAGCACGCCUGCCUCAGGGGCGCCUCUCAGAAGAUCAAGUCGGUCGACCACCACCCCCCCCUCCGACAGUCCUACUCUCGCAGUCCCCACAAUCUCGGGCGUUCUUGACUCGUCGGGUGACGACCAUCCCAGCGAUUCCGACUAUCGAGAGUCAGGUAGCGACACUGACUCUCGAGCUCGCUCGGUCGGACCCGCCAACUCAGCAACGAGGUCUCCUGCAGCUCCUGUCUCGCGCAAGGGUCCCCGUCCGAAGGAUUGGGCGAAGUGGAGCAUCACAGACGGCGGGACCAGCUUGGGUUACCAGCAGCUCAACCGCAUCGGCCGCCACACGCUCCUAUUCCUCCAGCAACUCGGCACCCAGUUCGGCGAGGAGGUCUGGAAAGCCGUCACAUCGGAGGAGCAGGAGAAGCUUAAACAGCGUACGGCUCAGGAGACGAAGGGGAGGAAGGGAAGGAAGGGCGGGAGCGUCCAGGGCAAAGCUUCUCGAGUUCUGGCGGAGGAGGACAUCCGGCCGCACUUUCUCUCCCGCAUCGCCGCGACUACCGACUCCCAGAUGCUCAUUACACCCGCCAACGGCCUCCCUUUCCUCCGCAUCGGCAACAAGCUCCACGUCGGUCCCUCAGCCAAGUCGCACGGCGACGUCUCGCUCCAGCUCGUCAUCCUAUGCCUUCUCGACCUCGGAAAGCCGCUCGGCCUCGAAGGCGGCGAUCUCGCGGGUCGAUUGCGAACUACCUUCGCCAAGAUUUCCUCCGCGAACCAUCUCCCCACUCUGUCGCCUAAGGCUUCGUCCGCCUCUCCUGCCACCUCCACCCAGCACACGACAGACUCUACCGCAGCUCCCCCUCCUUCCGCCAGCAAUCGAUCUUCCGCCGCCGUCACCGACCACGCAUCAGACGCUGGUGACUCCUCCUUCGGUUCUACUUCCGAAAAGAUGCUCGACGACGUCUCGUUCGACGUCAUUCAAGGCGGUGACCCGCUCGACGAGAUCGCCUCGCCUGUCUCUUCGACGCACCCGAGUCCCAAGCGGUCACCGCUAGUUGCGCCUAAGGAUACCAUCAAACGUUCGCAAGGCAUCCUCAUCGACGGUCACGAGUUCGUUGCGCCUGGCGCAAGCGGCGUCGCGUCUUUCCUCGAGGUCGUGCUGAAAGACGAACUCGGUUCCGGCGCCGGAGGAAACGUCUACACUGACCCGUCGGGAACAUUGGCGAUCAAGGUCAUCGUGCCGCGUGACGCUGAUAGCGAAGAGCAGUACGAGGAACGCUGGGACGAGGGAGUGCAGGAGGUCAAGGCGCUCAAGCACCUCGAAGGUUGUGCGGCAGCACCGGAACUGUACGGCGUCUUUGUGCGGACGGAUGAGCAGGGUUACAAGUGGAUGGUCAUCGUUUCGGAGCGGAUUAGGGGCAAGCGUUGCAGGCUCGGCGAUUUCAAGAAAUACCGCCUCAAAAUCGCAUGCGCCCUCAUGUCCCUCCACUCGCGCAAGGUCCUUCACGACGACGUCCGACCACCGAACGUCCUCAUCACCGACAACUUGGGGAUCAAGUUCGUCGACUUUGGCCGCGCACUGCUCAACCCGACACUCGAGCAAUGCCAUUGGGAGAUGUACAGGUUUACAACUUGCGCGGAGGAGUAG